GAAGCAGCAGCAGUCUCUGCCCCGGUUCCCUCUGCUCCUGGAGAAGAAGCCAAAGAGGAGCAAAAGGAGCAAGACGACCACAAGCCUGCAGCUGUGGUCACAGCAGAGCCUGAUGCUUCCAAGAGAAUGACAGAAGCAGCAGCAGUCUCUGCCCCGGUUCCCUCUGCUCCUGGAGAAGAAGCCAAAGAGGAGCAAAAGGAGCAAGACGACCACAAGCCUGCAGCUGUGGUCACAGCAGAGCCUGAUGCUUCCAAGAGAAUGACAGAAGCAGCAGCAGUCUCUGCCCCGGUUCCCUCUGCUCCUGGAGAAGAAGCCAAAGAGGAGCAAAAGGAGCAAGACGACCACAAGCCUGCAGCUGUGGUCACAGCAGAGCCUGAUGCUUCCAAGAGAAUGACAGAAGCAGCAGCAGUCUCUGCCCCGGUUCCCUCUGCUCCUGGAGAAGAAGCCAAAGAGGAGCAAAAGGAGCAAGACGACCACAAGCCUGCAGCUGUGGUCACAGCAGAGCCUGAUGCUUCCAAGAGAAUGACAGAAGCAGCAGCAGUCUCUGCCCCGGUUCCCUCUGCUCCUGGAGAAGAAGCCAAAGAGGAGCAAAAGGAGCAAGACGACCACAAGCCUGCAGCUGUGGUCACAGCAGAGCCUGAUGCUUCCAAGAGAAUCCUUCCAGAGAAAGAGCAGGAGCAGAUUGCCUUAUCAGAGAUGCCAUGCCAGACUCAGGGAGAGCUGAGAGCCCGAGAGCAGGAAGAGCAGCUCAGGCAGCAGGUGGAAGAGCCACAGGAGAAUGGCCAGAAUAUCAAGGCAGAGCCACAAGCAGAGCUGCCCGAAGCUCAGAGUGCCAUCAUGGAAGUAAAGAAGAGGAACCAGGAAGAGACAAGAAGAAUUCAAGAGGAGAUGAAUCUCCAUCAGCAGAGGGGCGAUCAACAAAACCAGGUGAGUGAAAGAGUGGCAGCCACUCCACUCAUGAAAGAUCCUCUCUCUCGUAUUUUACAGAACUUGAAGGAACAGCUGGACACAGACUUUCAGAAAGCUCACGCUAAGAUCAAGGCAAGGGAGAAGAGGCAGGAGGAAGAAAUUAAAAUCAUCAGAGAAAAACUUAAUCCCCUCCCUCAGGCUCUACAAAAGCAAGUGCAAGUGUUGACAUCUCACCGGGCAGCCGGCAAAGACUUCCGGCAAAUGAGUGGCAAUGAAGAGCCCCGAGGCUGGCGUGAGGCACAGGAACUGUCCCCACCUAAGAUCUACAAGGGCUUUGUCACCAAACCUGCUGCAGCAACAGCAUGGUCUAAAGGAGCCUUUGCUCUCCAACCUGAGAAGUGGAGCCGGGGCGGUUUGUUCAUCUCCAGUGCUGACUCAGCUGCUGCUCAGCAACAGGAGAUCAAGGAUGACUCCCUGGAGCUACUGAGGAAAAUAGUGAACAUGGAAAAUCCUGUGAUGAAAUACACGGAACUGGAAUAUAUUGGCAGAGGGACUUUUGGAGAUGUUUGCAGAGCACUUGACAAUGCCACAGGAGGGCAGGUGGCCAUAAAGAAAAUAAAUCUCCAAGGACCGAGGAAGAAGGAACUAAAAGUCAAUGAAUUCAUGCUCAUGAAGACAAAUAAGAAUCCCAACUUGGUCAACUAUUUAGACAGCUACCUUGUGGAUGGGCAGCUCUGGCUGGUCAUGGAGUACAUGGACGGAGGCACUCUGAGCAAUGUCAUCAGCGAGACCUACCUGUCUGAAGACGAGAUGGCAGCCAUCAGCCUGGAUUUUCUUCACUCGAACCAUGUGAUCCACCGAUAUGUGAAGAGCAGCAACAUCCUUCUCAGAACCGACGGCUCUGUCAAGCUGGCUGACUCUGGCCUGUUUGUUCAGCUCACCCCUGAGCAGAGUCGACGGAGCUCAGUGGCCGGCACUUCUGGGUGGAUGGCGCCUGAAGUGGCGACAGGUCAACCAUGUGGCCCCAAAGUGGACAUAUGGUCUCUUGGAAUCGUGGGCAUCGAAAUGGUGGAACGAGAAGUUCCUUACCAGUAUGAAACUCCUGUUUCGGCUCAACUCCUGAUAGCCAGAGGAGGGAGACCAAAGCUGCGGCAGCCCAACCGAUGCUCGUCUUGCCUGCGUGACUUCCUGAGCUGCUGCCUGCAGACAGACGAGGCACGGCGCUGGUCUGCCAAGAAGCUCCUGCAGCAUCCAUUUGUAACAUCAGCCAAGCCAGCGUCCACCCUGGUACCACUCAUCAACUCAGUGAAGAAGGAGAAGAAGAAGACAAGAAGAGUCAAGAUAUUAUCUCCAUAACCAAGUUAGAGUAGGAUUGUAGAGUAGGACUCUAGAGUAGGAUUGUUGAGUAGUUUUGUAGUAUAGGUUUAUAGAGUAGGAUUGGAAUUAAAUAAAGUUUCUGAAGCAUCAA